UUCUCUCUCUCUCCUUCCUCCUCUCUCUCUCUAGCGCGACGUCUGAGCUCUGUAGUCCGUUCUAAAGUUGGUUUGUGGCGCCCCCGUGUGGUCAAAGAGUCGUACUGGAAUGUCUGAACUAAAGGAACUUCAGGAAUGAGCGUCAUUCAAAGAAAUGUUCCUGUGUAACAGAGACAGACAGACAUGUUGGUGGUAUUAACCUUCAUCCUCCUCUUCCACGUCAUCUCAGCCAUCCUCCUCUUCAUCAGCACCAUCAACAAUGCAUGGUGGGUGGCGUCUGCUCCAGGAGGCGACGUGAUUUACACUGAUCUGUGGUACUCCUGUAACGUAACAUGUGUCCCUGUCAAGAACAGCGCUUCCACUGACGCAGUCUAUCUACAGGCUGUCCAGGCCACUAUGAUCCUGUCUACAAUCCUCUGCUGCGUGGGCUUCUUUGUGUUCAUCCUUCAGCUCUUCAGACUGAAACAAGGAGAGAGAUUCGUCUUUACAGCCAUCAUCCAGCUAUUGGCUAGCCUGUGCGUGAUGAUGGGAGCGUCCAUCUACACGGCGGAGAGAGAAGGUUUUACGGAGGAGUCUCUGAGGAAAGGGGGGUACGGUUCAUCCUACGUCCUGGCUUGGAUCAGUUUCCCCAUGACCGUCGUCAGUGGACUCAUGUAUCUGGUGUUGAGGAAACGCAAAUAAUAAAAAACUCAUCUCUACAAGACCAAACAAACACAACGUCUAAAAUCUCCUGCCUGUAGGGAGAAGUGUUCAUUAUUUUCACCUCCACACGUUAUAAAUCUAAAAGAGGGAAGUGUGUUAACUAAGUCUGUUAGCUAAAAAGGUAACUCCCAAAAACGUUUAUUUUGUGUUGUUGUUGUUAAGAGCGUCUGUUUUUAAAAGACCCCAGUGUGGCGGAGAAACGUUUUCUCCACACUGUGUGGUUGGAAUGAGACUGGGACAUAUCAGACUGUUUUUGGCUGGGAUGGAGUUGGGGCCUUCCACGGGGACGUCAAUGCGGUACAUUUUAGUUUAAUAGACCAAUAAAAUGGUGUAUAGUUGAAAAAUACAUGAUGCCAGAACGAUGGUUAAGACUGAGCAGUACAACACUGUGUUAAGUCCUACUAGAGUAAACCUAGUGUAGAAGGUGGAAUAUGUAGGAUUGUUCGUCUGUCUGUCUCCCUCCCCCUGCCGGCCUGUCUGUCUGUCUCCCUCCCCCAGGCCUGUCUGUCUCCCUCCCCCUGCCGGCCUGCCCGUCUGUCUGCCUGUCUGUCUCCCUCCCCCAGGCCUGUCUGCCUCCCUCUCCCUGCCGGCCUGUCUCCCUCCCCCAGGCCUGUCUGCCUCCCUCCCCCUGCCGGCCUGUCUGUCUGCCUCCCUCCCCCUGCCGGCCUGUCUGUCUGUCUGCCGGCCUGUCCGUCUGCCUCCCUGCCGGCCCGCCUGUCUGUCUGCUUGCUGGCCUACCGGCCGGUCUGUCUGUCUGCUUGCCAGUCUAUCUGGUGAAAGAUGCUGAGGUUAAUAUCGAGGACAUUAAAGACUGGGGGGGGGGUAGGAUGAUCCACUAUCUAACUGGAAUAAAAACAGAAUGGAACCCUCUA